AUAAAUAAGUUGCCUCCAUGAACCAUUUUAACCAUCAAGCAGAUAGCACUUAUUCAAACCUUCUAAAAGAUCAUUAAAUUUUUUCUUUCAAAUAUCCCAAAGAGAUGAAUAUGAUCAGUAUUAAGAAACUCAUCAAAAUGGCAAGGAAAUGGCAGAAGUUUGCAGCCAAGCAGAAGAAGAGAAUCUCUUUUCCAAGAUCCAAUUUCCAUGAUGCAGAGAGUUGCAGCACAUCAUCUUCUUUUGUUAGCAAAGGGAAUUUUGUGGUGUAUACAACUGAUCAGAAGCGAUUUGUGGUUCCUUUGUCUUAUCUUCAACACGAGGUAAUCAGACAACUUUUGCACACGUCUGAAGAAGAGUUUGGACUUCCGAGUGAUGGCCCGAUCACAUUACCUUGUGAUGCACUAUUCAUGAACUACAUCAUAUCACUCCUCAAAAGAGGUGUAGCUGCGGAUUUUCAGAACGCUUUGCUUGUAUCACUCACUUCCAGCCGAUGCUCAUCAGAUUCACACCUUCAAGAACAAAGGAAUCCACAAUUGCUAGUUUGUUAAGCUAACUGUGAUACAAUUUGUAAUGGAUACAUGAUGAGCAAAGUGUAUAUAAUAUUAACAUCUAAUUAUUAAUCAAAGCUCCAUCUUUCCCCCCAGAUUGUUCUAUUAUUCUUU